CUUACCUACAGGUCAUGUGCAGCAGAUUAUUGUAAAGAUUAUACUGGAUAUAAGAGUAUUUUCGGCCCGAAGGCAAACUGAAGAAUGGCAGAGGCGCUAGUCCAAGAUGAAAACAACACCCUCCGCAUUCUCAUUGUUGGGCAUACGGGCCAUGGAAAGAGUUCCACCGCCAAUUCCCUGCUCGGAUACAAGAAGAAAGACAAGAGAGGAUUCGUUUCAAAGCAGUCUUCCAAAUCUAUCACAACAAAGGCAGAAUCAAAGGUUGAAACGCGGUUUGGACAUAUGCUUGAGGUGGUUGAUUGUCCAGGAUUUGCAGACACUUCAGGCUCUGAUGAUUUCAUAAAAAGAGAGAUUGGAAGGGCGCUUUUCUACACCCUUCCCGGUUUCCACUGCGUUGUAUUUGUAUUGAGACCAGACCGCAUAACAGAAAGUAUCACACACACAAUUGAAUCUUUUUUCGACUUCUUUGGAAAAGACGUCGGUGCAUAUGCAUGUCUUGUCCUAACCCAUCUUCAGGAUGAUGCCGAGAUGACUGAAUAUAUAGAGUCAUUUGAACCAGUAAAACCUGAAGAGUCUGGAAAUGAUUUUUUGAAAAAUCUCAUUAAAUUGUGUGAAGGAAAGGUUUUGCCAAUUGAUAACAGUAACGAUGUUGAAGAUCGGGAGAAACAAGUCGAAACGAUACUACAUAGAAUAGAUCGAAUGAAAAAAGAGAAUAAACAAUCAUAUUUUUCCAAUGAAAUGUUUGCAGCUGCAAUGGAAGCCAUUGAUGAACGUGAAAAGAAAAGGAUACAAAUACUAGACGAUAAGAAACGAGAGCAAGAGCAAGAGGAACAGAGACGUGAGGAGGAACUGAGAAGGUUAAAAGAAGAAAAAGAGCAAAUUAAAAAAGAAGCAGAGUCCAAAAUUGAAAAAGAAAGAUUAAGACUCAUGGAAGAAAUGAAUCAGAAACGCAUUGAUCUUGAGUUGAAGUUGAAAAGAGAAAAACAAAAGCACACUUUUAAAUUAGAAAAACUAAGAUUGGAAAUGAAUAGAGAAAGAGAGUCGCGAAUGUUUGAAGAGAGUCGAAACAACGAGCGUCGCGACAAUGAAAGACGUGAUGAGCACUUCAAUCAACUGUGGCAAACCCAACAAACAAAGAAACAAAGUGAUUCGUCUUCUAAUAAAUGCAGCUUAAGUUAGUUUUCAGUAACUUUACAAUGAAAUGUAGGAAUGCAAAAGAGCCAUUGGUGAAUUUCGGUUACAAAUAAUUCGAAUUUUGGAUUACCUAUUUUAUAUUUAACUUGACUCUAAAAACAAUGAGCAAAAUAAUCCGAGCAAAAAUUGGCUAACUAGCGGGUUUCUUGAAAUGAACAAUUCACAUUGGUUGUUUAUUAAGCGUCUAACACAAAGUGAGAUAUACAAAUGGUUUCAUUUUUUCAUAGUCUUGUGAUGUAAACGUUUUGAAAGAAUAUAUGCUGUUAUUUAAAUGCUAAUAAAUGAAAUAUUCAUAAUGACCGAGUUAUUAAUCUACUGUCGGCAGAAUAUGCCUGAGCCGGAAAAGCGAAUGUCAAUAUUCCUGACUUCGGACAAAUAACUUGGAAAAUCAUCAUUGAAAUAACCACUUAAAAAUCAUACUAGUCCUAUUUUAAAUUUUAUUUACCGUUACCGACAUAUUGAUCUGUUUUAAUAUGUUUUCCUUAAAGGGACUCGCUCAUGUUGUUUAAUGACAAAAACAAAGUCGCUAUCAACUUAAACCUGUUUUUUUAUACUUUAACUAUGCAAUUUUGGUAUGAAAGAGAAAUUACUAAUAAAUUUGGUGUUUUCAGAUGCAUUAACGUAAAAAUCAAAUUUUGGUCCAAUAACAUGAGCGAGUCCCUUAAAAGCUGUUUGGAGGCGAAGUCGUGUAUGGCUGAAAGUUUAUGUUGUAUUAAUUGUUAUUUGCUUUAAAUAAAACUUGUAUUAUAUUUUGGCUCUCUUUAUGCCGAAACCGCUAAAUCAUGCUCGUUGGCACAUUUUGAAAGGCUUGAUAUCAAAAUAAUAUCGGAGGAUUAAUUAAGUGUUGAUCUUUUUUCGUUUGUUUGUUUUUUUGUUUUUGAUAUUUUAAAAAUCAUGUUAUACAUUUUAGUAUGUUUUGUUUAUGAUAUUUUAAAAUCAUGUUAUACUUUUUAUUAAGUUCAAGUUUUUUGCUUUAUGCGAUCUUAAAGAAAUGUGUAAGAUUCAAUUCCAAUUAUAAGUUCCGGAAAGUGAAAUAAUUUAGUCCGAUCGAAAUUUUCUGUUGGAAUAUUAUUUACAUAUAGCAUUAUAAAUAUCUAGCUUAUUAAUUUAUCUGAACUUAACCUACAAGAACAUUUAUAGGAUUUGAGUGAAAUUUAUUCACAAUUCACCUUUACAAUAUUAUAUCACUGGACUGUCUGACCACUUAAUGUUCGGAAGUAAUAUAUACUGGGUAUAUGUUAGAAUUCAUUUUGGCGAUCACAAUGAAUUCUUACUUAUUUGGAGUUAGCACUUAAUUGACCCACUAGCUCACCCUUUGUGUAGUCACGUGGUGUUUUGCGCGAUAUUUAAACCUCCCAAGGCGUUAAUAUAAUUAAAUGAGUUUUGGGAGAUGGUUAACUGUCGCGGCUUUGUGAUCACAUGUAUAUUAUGUUAUAUAAGCAAAUAAAAAUAAUUGAUGUUCUGG